AUGCCUGUCCAAAGCACCUUACGACUCAGUUCCGGAUACGAGACUGACGACAGUGUCCCCUGCCGUUCUGGGCGCAUCACGACACCUGCUCGUCAAGCACCUGGGAUGAUCUGUCCCCCAUCCGACAGCCGACAAUCACUCCCAACCUCGUCGUUUACCUUUUCUGUCAACAAUCGUGCCGUACCGGCAGCCAAAGGUAAGGGCAAGUGUGCCCGAUCCGAAUCAAAUGCUGCAAGUGGAACCAAAUUAGGCGAGUCCGAUAACGACACAGACUCGCCUGUCAUUCUCCUGUCCGCCGACCAAAAUCGACCACCAGCUCCAGUAAUGUCAAAAAUAAGACCACAACAACCAAGAAGUCCGCUGGACCAUCGCAACGCAAGAAUACUGAGGCCGAGAUGA